UAUUCGUCUCAUAAGAUCGUUGCUAAAAUGGCUUAUACGAAGAACAUUUAUGAUAACAAUGGUGUUGGAUCAGAAAACACUGUGUAUCGUUACUUGUGUCCUGUGAGAAAAGCAGGGAGCAUUAUUGGUAAGGGCGGUGAAAUCGCAAAACAGAUAAGGUCCGAGACGAAAGCAAGCAUGAGGAUAAACGAGGCUUUGCUCGGUUGCGAGGAGCGUGUUGUUACUAUCUAUUCGACUAGCGAGGAGACGAAUCAUGGUGAAGAUGAUGGAGAGUUUGUUUGUCCUGCCUUUGAUGCUCUUUUCAAGGUCCAUGAUAUGAUUGUUGCUGAAGAACCGGGCAGUGAUGAAUACGACGACGAUGAUGAGUAUAGCGAGAGACAAACAGUUGCUGCGAGGAUGCUUGUGCCGUCUGAUCAAAUUGGUUGCCUUAUUGGGAAAGGUGGACAAGUGAUCCAAAAGCUGCGUAAUGAAACCAAUGCUCAAAUCCGUGUCAUAAACGAUAACCUGCCUCUUUGUGCUUUAGCUGUGAGCCACGACGAGCUUCUUCAGAUAAUCGGAGAGCCCUCUGCUGUUAGAGAAGCUCUUUGUCAAGUUGCCUCUUUGCUUUAUGAUAACCCGUCGCGGUUUCAGAACUACUUUCUGUCUUCCUCAAGUAGCUUGCAUCAACCCGGUGGAAUACUAAUGAGUCCUGCAGUAACAAGCUCUCACAAAAAUUACUCUGCGUCAAGAGAUUUUGCUGAUGCAAGAGAGUUCUCUAUCUGCUUCAUCUGUCCAUCUGAAAAUGUGGGAGGUGUAAUAGGAAAAGGCGGGUCUUUCAUAAAUCAGGUUAGGCAAGAAUCUGGUGCGACCAUUAGAGUCAAUACCUCAGAAACCGAUGAAGAUGAUGAUUGCAUCAUUUUCAUAUCAUCAAAGGAGUUCUUCGAAGAUCAAUCCCCAACGGUGAAUGCAGCUUUACGCUUACAAACUCGCUGCAGUGAGAAAGUAGGGAAAGAUUCAACUGAUUCUGCAAUCUCCACUCGUGUACUUGUUCCUAGUUCACAAGUAGGGUGUCUCAUUGGCAAAGGUGGAGCUCUUAUUUCCGAGAUGAGGAGUGUCACAAAAGCGAAUAUCCGCAUUUUUCAAGGCGAAGAUGUGCCAAGAAUUGCUCGUGAGGAGGAGGAGAUGGUCCAGAUAACAGGAAGUCUUGAUGCAGCAAUCAAGGCUCUUACGCAAGUGAUGUUGCGAUUAAGAGCCAAUGUAUUCGACAUGGACCGUGGUCUUGUCUUGCUUCCAACAUUUUUUCCUUAUAUUUCUCAAACAACAGAGGCUUCGAGCAAGCCCAAGCAAAGAAAACGCGAGAACCAUUCUCAUGGUUCCAUGGAAGUUACCAGAAAUGAAGACUAUGGCAGUCGGAUGGUAUAUGAUUCACAAAGAUUCUUAUGA